GUUAAGGAUAUGAUGUGUUCACUAAAUUGACAUCCAUACACUCUAUUACAGUAAAUGACUUCCAGAUGUUCCAGCCAGAGGUUUAUCCUGAUGGGAGACAUUCUUUGGCAUUCAUCCAUUUGGCAAGAAAGAGCAUGUGAGAUCAGGCCUUCAACGCAUUUGCAACUAAAAUAUAAAUUAUUAAUUCACCAAAAAUAGAGGCUUAGAAUGCUGCGUUGGCAGAUGACUGUGUAUAAAGUCUCCAAGGGCCAAGGCUCCUUGUUUCUUCACUAGCUCAGUAUCUCAAGUUCUACUUUGUUGGUGACUGAAGGCAAUCGUAAUUAUGGCUUCAGAUGCUGAAAUGUCUGUAUUUGGAGUGGCAGCUCCCUUUCUCCGGAAACCGGAGAAGGAGAGAAUUGAGGCCCAGAAUCGUCCAUUUGAUGCUAAAGCGGCCUGCUUUGUGGUGGAUGACAAAGAAAUGUAUAUUAAAGGCAUGAUCCAGACUAGAGAGCCUGGCAAAAUCACAGUCAAAGUUUCAGAUGACCGUACUGUGACAGUUAAGGAAGACGAAGUAUUUCCCAUGAAUCCUCCCAAAUUUGAUAAAAUUGAAGACAUGGCCAUGAUGACCCAUCUCCAUGAACCUGCUGUCUUGUAUAACCUCAAAGAGCGUUAUGCAUCUUGGAUGAUCUAUACGUACUCAGGUCUCUUCUGUGUUACUGUCAACCCUUACAAGUGGCUGCCAGUAUAUAACCCAGAAGUAGUGUCUGGGUACAGGGGCAAGAAACGCCAGGAGGCCCCUCCUCAUAUCUUCUCUAUCUCUGACAAUGCGUAUCAGUUUAUGUUAACUGACCGUGAAAAUCAGUCAGUCCUGAUCACUGGAGAAUCUGGUGCAGGAAAGACUGUGAACACCAAGCGUGUCAUCCAGUAUUUUGCAACAAUUGCAGUUGCUGGGGAAAAGAAGAAGGAAACACAGCCUGGCAAAAUGGAGGGAACCCUGGAAGAUCAAAUUAUCCAGGCCAAUCCCCUUCUGGAAGCCUUUGGCAAUGCCAAGACUGUGAGAAAUGACAACUCCUCACGUUUUGGUAAAUUUAUCAGAAUUCAUUUUGGGACCACAGGAAAACUGGCUUCAGCAGAUAUUGAAACUUAUCUUCUGGAAAAAUCCAGAGUAACGUUUCAACUUUCAGCUGAAAGGAGCUAUCAUAUAUUUUACCAGAUAAUGUCAAAUAAGAAGCCAGAGUUAAUAGACUUGCUGCUUAUUUCUACCAAUCCCUAUGAUUUCCCGUUUGUGAGUCAGGGAGAGCUCACAGUGGCCAGUAUAGAUGAUUCAGAGGAGCUACUAGCAACUGAUAGUGCAAUUGACAUCUUAGGUUUCACCGCAGAGGAAAAGGUGGGAAUUUACAAGCUGACGGGGGCUGUCAUGCAUUAUGGGAACUUGAAAUUCAAGCAGAAGCAGCGGGAGGAGCAGGCGGAGCCAGACGGCACGGAAGUGGCUGACAAAGCAGCCUAUCUGAUGGGCCUGAACGCUGCAGAUUUGUUGAAAGGCUUGUGUUAUCCCAGGGUGAAAGUUGGAAAUGAAUAUGUGACGAAGGGACAAAAUGUUCAGCAGGUCUAUAAUUCUGUGGGUGCACUUGCAAAAUCUGUCUAUGAAAAGAUGUUCCUCUGGAUGGUAACACGCAUCAACCAGCAGCUGGAUACCAGGCAGCCUAGACAGCAUUUCAUAGGAGUGCUAGAUAUUGCUGGCUUUGAGAUCUUUGAUUACAACAGCUUAGAGCAGCUGUGCAUCAACUUCACUAAUGAAAAACUGCAACAGUUUUUUAAUCAUCAUAUGUUUGUGCUGGAGCAAGAGGAGUACAAGAAAGAAGGCAUUGAUUGGGAGUUCAUCGAUUUUGGAAUGGAUCUGGCCGCCUGCAUUGAACUUAUUGAGAAGCCCAUGGGCAUUUUCUCCAUCCUGGAAGAAGAGUGCAUGUUCCCCAAAGCAACAGACCAAUCUUUCAAGAACAAGCUCUAUGAUCAACAUCUUGGCAAGAGCAACAACUUUCAGAAACCCAAGCCUGUCAAAGGCAAGGCUGAGGCUCACUUGUCCCUGGUGCAUUAUGCCGGCACUGUGGACUACAACAUCACUGGCUGGCUGGACAAAAACAAGGACCCACUCAAUGAAAGUGUUGUAGCACUGUACCAAAAAUCAGCAUUGAAACUGCUGUCAUUCCUUUAUUCCAACUAUUCGGGCUCAGAAACAAGUGACAGUGGUGGCACCAAGAAAAGUGGCAAGAAAAAGGGUGGCUCCUUCCAGACAGUGUCUGCUGUGUUCAGAGAGAAUUUAAAUAAACUGAUGACCAAUCUCAGAAGUACUCAUCCUCACUUUGUGCGCUGUUUAAUUCCUAAUGAGACAAAGACACCUGGUGUAAUGGAUCAUCAUCUGGUGAUGCACCAACUACGGUGCAAUGGGGUACUGGAAGGUAUUCGGAUCUGCAGGAAGGGCUUCCCCAGCAGAAUUCUCUAUGCUGACUUUAAACAACGUUAUAAAAUUCUCAAUGCCUCUGCAAUUCCUGAAGGCCAGUUUAUUGACAGCAAGAAGGCUUCUGAGAAACUCCUUGGAUCCAUUGAUGUUGACCAUACUCAAUAUAAAUUUGGUCACACCAAGGUAUUCUUCAAAGCUGGCCUCCUGGGUUUGCUGGAAGAGAUGAGAGAUGAGAAAUUAGUAGCUCUCAUCACCCACACACAAGCCGUCUGUAGAGGAUACCUCAUGAGACUUGAAUUCCAGAAGAUGAAUGCAAGAAGAGAGUCUAUUUACAUAAUUCAAUACAAUGUCCGUUCAUUCAUGAAUGUGAAGCACUGGCCCUGGAUGAAAUUGUAUUUCAAGAUAAAGCCUCUGCUAAAGAGUGCUGAAUCAGAAAAGGAAAUGGCCAACAUGAAGGAGGAGUUUGAGAAAACAAAAGAAAACCUGGUAAAGUCAGAAGCCAAACGGAAAGAACUUGAAGAAAAGAUGGUGACUCUGAUACAGGAAAAGAAUGACCUCCAGCUUCAGGUUCAAUCUGAAUCUGAAAACUUAGCAGAUGCUGAGGAAAGGUGUGAAGGACUCAUCAAAAGCAAGAUUCACCUUGAAGCAAAAAUAAAAGAGUUGACAGAAAGGUUGGAAGAUGAGGAGGAGAUGAAUGCUGAGUUGACAGCAAAGAAGAGGAAACUUGAGGAUGAGUGCUCAGAGCUAAAAAAAGACAUUGAUGACUUAGAACUUACAUUGGCCAAAGUGGAGAAGGAGAAGCAUGCAACCGAGAACAAGGUUAAAAAUCUUACAGAAGAGAUGGCAACUUUAGAUGAAAAUAUUUCCAAGCUUUCCAAAGAAAAGAAGACCCUCCAAGAGGCCCACCAGCAGACCUUAGAUGAUCUCCAAGCUGAGGAAGACAAAGUGAACAGUCUAUCCAAAACAAAGUCUAAACUUGAACAGCAAGUUGAUGAUCUUGAAGGCUCCCUGGAGCAAGAGAAGAAGCUUCGUAUGGAUCUUGAAAGAGCAAAGAGGAAGCUGGAGGGAGAUCUGAAGAUGUCUCAGGAAUCCAUCAUGGAUCUGGAGAAUGACAAGGGACAGAUGGAUGAGAAACUGAAGAAGAAAGAGUUUGAAAUCAGUCAGUUACAAGGAAAAAUAGAGGAUGAACAGGCUCAAAGCUCUCAGCUACAGAAAAAGAUUAAGGAACUACAGGCUCGUAUGGAAGAACUGGAGGAAGAGAUUGAGGCUGAACGUGCUUCUCGAGCCAAAGCAGAGAAGCAGCGGGCUGACCUCUCCAGGGAACUGGAGGAAAUCAGUGAGCGUCUGGAAGAAGCUGGUGGGGCAACAACGGCUCAGAUUGAGAUGAACAAGAAGCGUGAAGCUGAAUUCCAGAAAAUGCGCCGAGACCUUGAAGAGGCCAGUCUGCAUCAUGAAGCCACAAUGGCUGCCCUCCGGAAGAAGCACGCAGACACUGUAGCUGAACUUGGGGAACAAAUAGAUAACCUUCAGCGAGUGAAACAGAAGCUGGAAAAAGAGAAGAGUGAGCUGAAGAUGGAGAUUGAUGACCUUACUGGCAACAUGGAGUCUGUCUCCAAAACUAAGAGUAAUCUAGAAAAGAUGUGUCGAACCCUUGAAGACCAGUUCAGUGAAACCAAGACGAAAGAUGAGGAGCAUGUGCGCCUGAUCAAUGAAAUGAACACUCAGAAAGCACGGCUGCACACUGAAAAUGGUGAGCUUUCUCGACAGCUAGAAGAAAAAGAAUCUUUGAUUUCUCAGUUAAUAAGAGGUAAACAAGCCUUCACCCAGCAGACGGAGGAACUCAAGCGGCAGCUGGAGGAAGAAAAUAAGGCAAAGAAUGCCCUGGCCCAUGCCUUGCAAUCUGCUCGCCAUGACUGUGACUUGCUCCGGGAGCAGUUUGAAGAGGAGCAGGAAGCCAAGAGCGAGCUCCAACGUGCCAUGUCCAAGGCCAAUAGUGAAGUGGCCCAGUGGAGGAACAAGUACGAGACAGAUGCCAUUCAACGCACAGAAGAGCUGGAAGAGGCUAAGAAGAAAUUGGCUCAGCGUCUUCAAGAAUCAGAAGAGCAGAUUGAGGCAGUAAAUUCUAAAUGUGCUUCACUAGAGAAGACCAAGCAAAGGCUGCAAGGAGAAGUCGAUGACCUCAUGAUUGAUGUGGAGAGGUCCAAUGCAGCCUGUGCAGCCCUGGACAAAAGGCAGAGGAACUUUGAUAAGGUGUUAGCAGAAUGGAAGCAGAAGUAUCAGGAAUGUCAGGCCGAACUGGAGGCUUCCCAGAAGGAGUCACGAUGUCUGAGUACUGAAAUCUUCAAAAUGAAGAAUGCUUAUGAGGAAGUGUUGGACCAGCUCGAAACUCUCAGGCGAGAGAACAAAAAUCUGCAGCAGGAAAUUUCUGACCUAACUGAGCAGAUGGCUGAAACUGGCAAGAGCAACCAUGAGUUAGAGAAGGCAAAGAAACAGAUUGAGCAAGAAAAGUCAGACCUCCAAGCUGCCUUGGAAGAAGCUGAGGGCUCUUUGGAACAUGAGGAAGGGAAAAUCCUACGCAUCCAGCUAGAACUGAAUCAGGUGAAGUCUGAAAUUGAUAGGAAGGUUGCAGAGAAGGAUGAGGAAAUUGAGCAACUGAAGAGGAAUCACCAGAGAAUGAUGGAAACCAUGCAGAGCACACUGGAUGCUGAGAUCAGGAGCAGGAAUGAUGCCCUGCGGCUUAAGAAAAAAAUGGAAGGCGAUCUCAAUGAAAUGGAAAUCCAGCUGAGCCAUGCCAACCGCCAAGGUGCAGAGACACAGAAACACAUGAGGAACAUCCAAGGGCAAUUGAAGGACUCCCAGAUUCACCUGGAUGAUGCUCUGAGAGCCAAUGAUGACUUGAAGGAGCAACUGGCAAUGGUAGAGCGUAGGAACAAUCUAAUGACAACUGAGCUUGAGGAGAUGCGAGCAGCUCUGGAGCAGACUGAGCGCGCUCGCAAAGUAUCCGAACAAGAGUUGGCCGAUGCCAGUGAGCGUGUGCAACUUCUGCAUUCCCAGAACACAAGUCUUCUCAACACAAAGAAGAAGUUGGAGGCGGACCUUACUCAAUUCCAGGGAGAGAUUGAGGAUGCUAUCCAAGAAUCACGGAAUGCUGAAGAGAAAGCCAAAAAGGCAAUUACAGAUGCAGCCAUGAUGGCAGAGGAGCUGAAGAAAGAGCAAGACACCAGUGCCCACCUGGAGAGGAUGAAGAAGAACCUGGAGCAGACCGUGAAAGACCUGCAGCACCGUCUGGAUGAGGCAGAGCAGCUGGCACUAAGAGGUGGCAAGAAGCAACUGCAGAAAUUGGAAGCCAGGGUGCAUGAGUUGGAAAAUGAACUUGAUGCUGAACAGAAACGAGGAGUUGAGGCUAUCAAAGGAGUGAGAAAAUAUGAGCGGAGGCUGAAAGAAAUAACUUACCAGGCUGAAGAAGAUAAGAAAAAUGUUUUCAGACUCCAAGACCUGGUGGACAAGCUGCAGCUGAAAGUGAAAGCGUAUAAGAGACAAGCCGAGGAGGCUGAAGAGCAGGCCAACGCAAACUUGUCCAGGUGCCGGAAAGCUCAGCAUGAGUUGGAGGAAGCUGAAGAGCGAGCCGACAUUGCUGAAUCCCAAGUCAACAAGUUGAGGGCCAAAAGCCGUGACAUCGGGGGAAAGAAAUCUGAAGAAUGAGGUCAGCCUGGCAACACUGAUUCCACACAAUGUGGAGUUCUUCAUCUUGGUUGAUGUAGAUAUAAAUUAUCUGACCUGAAUAAAAAUACAUUUG